AUGAAAAAUCUGGAUAAUUUGCUGUUUGCAAACUGUGCACAUUCAGAAGCCAUUUUCUGCGUUCCGAACACUGACCAACGCAUCAGUUUUGCAGCAAUGUUGCCACCUGAAAUUUUUGAAAGAAUCCCCUGCAAAACUUUGUUCUCUAUUGACAACAGCAACAAUGUUGUCAAGGCUAAGGCAACGGACUUAUGCACAAAAAUAGAGAAUCAGAAUAAUGUUGCACAUGUUCAUUUAAAUUAUCCUUGCUAUGGUCCUGAACACCUACCCUUCGUCACAGACGGCUUUUCCGCGUUUUACCCCGAGUUUCUGAUGGAAGACCGCUCUCAACACCAACCACCCGGUAUCUUCAACUUCAUCAGGAGUUCGAAUUACAACACAAAGCCUUUGCCGCGACCGGAGUUAGCCGCAUCUGAGACGGAGUCGGAAACGUCGAGUUCUUUCUCGAGUUAUUCCAUACCCUCGGCAGUUUCACCACGGCCGACUAAUCCUUCCUGUGAGCAUGACUUGAAGGUAUUAACUGGGCCUUUGAGAAGUCGGGAAGGCCAGACAAAGUUGGCAAUUACCAAUUAUGUACCAAAGAGUCAUCAGAACUACGAAGAACGUGAAAUUCGAAGAAAGGAGCGCAAUAACGCGGCUUCUAGAAAGUCACGCGCGCUUCGCAAGCGCCGUUUUCAACAGAUGCUGCUUGAGACCGAACUUCUAACUAACUCCAACGCAAAGCUUCGAGCCCUUGUUGAAGAGUUAAACUCGAUCAUGGCCGAGUCGAAAGCCAUUCUCUUCGAGAAAUUUGCAAGUCCAGCCACAGCCGAUACGACCAUGGCGGUGCAACAACCAAUGGCCAAUCUCAGGGAAUAG